AGCAAAAGCUGACCUGAAUAGUUAAACGUGUACAUAUCUUUCACAGUUCUCUUGCCUCGAUGGAGAAUAGUUGUAAACCUGAUGGAUAUUAUGUUCAAAUUCGUUUCAGAUUUUCUUCCUGGCCCAAGGAGAAAAUGUUGUUUCCAUUUCUGCCAAUGACAUCUGAACAGGAAGAAUACAAGCAGCAAUAGAAGGAUUAACUUGGUAGCUCCAGGGGACGGAACCUCACGUUUAGAGCUCGGCUACUCUGUGCUAUCUCAUUUUUUAGAUCAUCAGCUGCGAUGGAUUCCCUCAGCCAACACCUGGAGGGUCUCAAACUCGUUGGAAACAAAGAUCAAGGUGAAGUUGAAGAGGAAAUCUUCAAGAGCCUAAACAUGGUGCUGCAAGCUGUUACUGGAGACCAACAAUUAUCAGGGAACCUUCUCCAAGCCAGUGGGAUUUUCACAACAUUGGGCCAGAUUCUGACAAGUCAUCCACGAUGUGCAGUGCCCGCAGCACAAGUCCUGGCAGAGUUAGCUAAGAAUGAGGAGCUAAAGCAGCCCUGUAUUGAUGCUGGCCUGGUGUCUGCCCUGCUGCCUCAUCUGGAAAGCUCUGACCAAGAUCUGCUGCUUCACGCUGGUAGGGCCAUUGGGCGCAUCUGUUAUGGAAACAAGGAACUUCAGGAGGAAUUAGUCAAGGCUGGUGUAAUCUCCUUGCUGGUCAAGAUCCUAUCUGAUUUUCCAGAAAGUGAACCACUUGUGCGGGUGGACCUGUUGGCCCUGUGCAAUUUGGCAGACCUGGAUACAGCUAAGGAGGCCCUCAGCAAGACCAAAGCAGCAGAGGAGCUGGUGAGGCAGCUAAGGAGGGCUGAGAACCAGGAAAGACUGGAGAUUGUCACUGAGAUCCUUCAGCUGUUGGCAGAGAAUGAUUCCCUGAAAGUGCAGCUGGUGGAAGCAGAUGUGCAGAGCGCCCUUGUGGAGAUACUGCAGAGGGUCCAGGACAGCUCAGAGGUGGAGGCUGCAGCCAUCCUGAAGACCAUCUCAGACCUUGUCAUCUCUCUACUCCUGGGAGAUGAGUCUAUGCAGAAACUGUUUGCUAAUGGAACUGGCCUUGUCUAUCAGAGGAUCAGCAGCUGGCUUAUGUCCCAGAAUGCCCAGAUGCAGCUGACUGGUGCCCUGGCUGUUGCCAACUUUGCCAGGAAUGACAGCAACUGUGUGAAGAUGGUACAACUGGGUGUGGUACAUCAGCUCCUGGAUGUCCUGGAAAAGCAUGUGGACAAUGGUGAUGUGACAGUGCAGCACGCAGCCCUCAGUGCCCUCCGGAACCUUGCCAUUCCUGUGAUCAACAAAGUACAGAUGCUGGAAGAAGGUGUGGCCGAGCGGAUACAGAUGUUGCUGAGGUCGGAGAUGCCUCCAGUGCAGUUUAAAUUGUUGGGAACACUUCGAAUGUUGAUGGAUGGCCAAGUGGAAGCCGCAGAAACCCUUGGCCAGGAUCCAGCUCUGCUGAACCGGCUAGUGCAGUGGUGUGAGGCCAAGGAGCAUGCAGGUGUCCAAGGGGAAGCCAAUCGUCUUCUAGCUUCACUCCUGAGGCACAGCAAGUCCCAGGAAGUGGUAAGAGCCAUUCAGGAAGCCCAGGGAGUGAAGCACCUUGUUUCCAUGACAACCAGUGAGCACGCCAUCAUGCAGAAUGAAGCUCUGAUAGCACUGGCCAUCGCUUCAGCAAUUAAUUUAGAAAUUAUCAAAGAUGCAUUUAAAGAAUCCAAAUUGAUCCAAAAUUUACAGAAGCUCCUUGAAGAUGAAAUGACAAGCCCAGAGGUGAAGUACAAGUCCCUGGGCCUCUUAUGCAGCCUUCUGGGUUCAGGUGAUUUAAGGAAGCAAGUGGAGGAAGCCAAAGUCCAGGACACACUGGAGAACCUUUGCAACCACGGCAAUGGCAAUGUAGUCAAACAGGCCAUCACCGCCCUCCAGAUCCUGAAGAGCGACCCCCAGGACUCAGGUCUCUUUUUCCCCUAGGUGCUGGUGUUCCUGCUUCACCGUGACCAGCCUUCCUUGGGAGGUUGCUGUUUGCAAUACAUAAGACACCUACUCUUCUUGCCAUGUCUUCCCCAUGCUUGAUGGGGGAAUCCGGAGUAACCACAUCCUUGGAUGCCAAGCACAGCACACUGACAUUCUAGGGGGUAGUAUCCAGCCACAUUGUGAUUUUCAUACCAACACUGGGGGUUUUCAGUCACCUACCUUGUGCAACCUCACCUCUGAUCCUAGUGUUCCCUCUAGCUGGUACCCUAGAGGAAUUCCUCAUUCAGUGUGAACCAUGCUCCCUUUCACGUCCCAUCACCAAUCAGGGGCCAUUCACCAGCCCCUCCCAUAGAGAGUCUUCUCUGAAACAGGCUUUUUAAAAACCCCUGGUGAUUCCAGGGAACAAGUUACAAAGAAGGCCCAGUUUACGAAGUGGACAUUAAAGAGGUGCUGAGAGAAUGGCUAGGGGAGAUCUCCUCACCUUAGAUGGUCAAUCAUUCAAUGAAUAUUUGAGUACCUACUAUACAUAACACACUGUUAUUCUGCAGCAGUGGCGAUGUGGCAUUGUUAUGGCAUUUUGAGAGUUAAUUUUGCAACUUGCACUAAAGCCUACAUUGGCAGCCCAAGUAAUGGAAUCCCAAACCAAUGUUCCCCAGCUCCCAGUCCUCCACUUUCACCAAAUUGGCAAGCCCUUUUUAGCCAAACCCUAGGAAAAUCCAAAUAUGAUGGAUCUCUGGGGUACAAUUUCCACUUUGUUGCUUCUGGACUUUUGGCCACCCCAGUAACCAUCCCUUACCUUAGGACCCAUUGAAUCACAACCCUGCUAUACCCACCCAAAGCACUUUAAAAAAAUCAUUCCUCAGGACUAGUGACUGGUCUUCCAAAGCAAAAUACUACCUAGAAGCCCAAGGCCCAAUCCAGGAUGGAGAUCUGCACAAGAAGCCCAUGAACUAUAGGCUUCCACUGGAUUUAAGUAAUCUUGUCAGUAAGAUGUCUGCCCUGUCCUCAUGGAGCAAUGGAAAGAAUGCUGGAUUUGUCAUCAGAGGGCUUAGGUUCAAAUCCCAGCUCUGUCCUUAUUACCUAUUUAGCAAGUCACAUAAAGGAGGGGAGGUUAGACUAGAUGGCUCUAGGUCAUAGUUUUCUUCCACUUCUAAAUAUAUAAUCCUGUGGUCCUCCCAUCAGACUCUGUGCUCCCAGCAGCAGGGAUAACUGACACAUCUUGUUAGCAAUAACCCCACUCACGAGGAAAGAGGAAAAUUAGAUCCGUAGGGGGAGACUUACGACACUGUAUUCACAAGGCCUGGGGAAGAUCACACUUACCUUUCAAGUGCAAUCAUUUCUGACCAUCUACUGGCCCACAGUGAGAAGCUCACCUGUAGGAAGUACCCUCCUAGCAAACUGCCUUCUGGGAUCUGUAGGCUCUGAAAACAGUGUCUGCUAGUUACAGGCAAAGAGUGGUCAGCCGCAACUGGGAGUCCCUAAGGAAGCUUGGGGGGGGGGGGUCCAGUCACGUCAUAUUGAGUCUGUAUCCUAACCCAGUCACGGUCAUCAAGGGGAAAUGACAAAGAAUUCCCUGCAUCUCAAAUCCAUAAUUUGUUCAAUGAAUAAACUUCGAUUCUAUAACAAGUUAGUGACUCUGUUCCUUGGCUCUGUAGAGCAUUUUGUUUUUGUAUUACUGCUUUAAAAAAUAAAAGCCUUUGCAAAUCAA